AUGGCACCAAUCAAGCUUGCGAUCAUAGGUGCGGGGCCGUCGGCCUUUUACGUCGCCUCCCGUCUUCUUUCCCUCCUCCCUGUUGGCAGCUCGUCUAAGCUCAAUAUACAUCUGUAUGAUCGGCUCUGGGCACCCCACGGUCUCGUACGAUAUGGGGUAGCUCCAGAUCAUCCAGAAAAUUGCACGCACAAAUUCGACACUGCGGCAGAAGACCCACGACUGCGAUUUUUCGGCAACGUCAACAUCGCAACGCAGUCACCAGUACCACAUGCACUAUCUCUGCCUCUCUCCUCUCUCCUUCCUCAUUACACUCACCUCUUAAUCUCGUCUGGUUGCACCACACCUAUACUGCAUCCUGCCAUUCCGCCAUCUGACUACUGUGUCCCCGCUCUGUCGCUUGUACAUUGGUAUACGCAACACCCUUCGCGUCCGUCCCCACCACCACUCCAGCAGUUGCAGCAUAUCACCCUCAUCGGCCAAGGCAAUGUCUCGCUCGAUAUCGCGCGCAUGCUUCUCACGCCACCGUCAGAGCUCGCGAAGUUUGACGUGCCCGCGCACGUCCUCGCGGUCCUCGAGCGUUCUGCUGUGGAGCAUGUCUCAAUCGUCGGCCGGCGCGGCCUCCAGCAGGCUGCGUUCACGACAAAGGAGCUCCGAGAGAUGAUGAACCUCACAGAUGCGUCCAUGGUGCCGCUUGACCCAGCACUGCUGAAGGAGCCCGAUGCAGGGGGGGAACCGUUGACGCGCCAGCAGGCGCGUACCUUGCAGCUCCUGCAGAAAGGCUCGAAGAACAAGCCAGGAACGACGCGCAAGACGUGGUCGCUGGAGUUCUUCCGCUCUCCGCUACUCCUAGACCUCCCCACGGGAGCGGCGCAGGAGUCCUCAGGGGUCCGUCCUCCGGCACAGUUGACCCUGGCUCACACUAUGUUGGAUGCAUCGGCCCGUGCCGUGCCCACCGGCGAGAAGUCCACCCAGUCCACGUCUCUUGUGGUCACUUCGCUCGGACACCGUGCAGAGCCGAGUGCUCCGUGGUACGAGCCGUCUCUGGGCCAUAUCAACACCGUCGGUGGACGCGUGGUUGAUCCGAGUGGGCUGACCGUGCGCAACGUCUAUGCCAGCGGCUGGGCUGCCACCGGCGCCCGCGGCGUGCUCGCCAGCACGAUGAUGGACGCAUACGCUGUCGCAAAUACCAUUCUACGCGAUGCGUUUCCUGGGGAAGACGUGCAAACAACCCCUACUGAGGUCCUGCCGCGUACAGUGGAGGACGAUGCGCCGCCUCCCGAAAUCGAAGCAGCGCUGAAAGAAGGGCAGGUGCUAGAAUAUGCGGAUUGGAAGGUGAUUAAUGCUGAAGAAAUUCGGCGGGGGGAGAAGAUUGGUAAAGAACAGGAGGAACAUAACCUGCACAUUACACCCUAUGCAUCUGCCAGCAAUUUAAAUCCACAGCUCAACAGGGUAUAA